AUGAAUGACGAUCAGGAGUUCCUGCGUAUUCAGGCAGAUUGCAACAAGCGGCUGCGGCAGCUAAACCGGGCUCGCAAUAUUGAACUGCACAAAUUACGCUGCAACAUGGUCCAAGGAAAUUCUUCUAUUGCAAAACAUUUGGAGAGCCUCACACACGAGGUGUGGGAAUUAUAUGCUCACGUGCGUCACAUGCACAUGAACCAGACGCAUUUUAACUUGUUGUUUCAGAAUUAUCUCAGUGACACCAAACAGUUUUAUGGAGCUGUAAUACAAGCUUUGCAAAACUUACACCAAGCUCCUACCAUUAGCCCUAUGGUGUCUCCUGUCUCUACCCCAGCACAGUCCCCCAAAACUCCUCCACCAUCCCCACCAAUGACCUCCUCUUCACAGUCCGUCUAUGUGACUGUGUGCGCGGCCAGCAAGCGGGCACAAAAAGCAGCCUCUAA